AUGCCCCGGCCACAGAGAGGGACGUCCCCCAUGCGGCAGCAACACCUGAACGGCGCCUGGCAGCAGCAGCAGCUGCAACAGCAGCUUCUCCUGCCGCCUCGAUCGCCUCGGGUGGAGUGGCUUGCGCGAGAGGACGUGGACCCGGGUGAGCCGCCCUCGGAGACAGCCGCAGCUCCCAGUGUGCCUGAGCAGUGGCGGCGCGGCUGGCGCAGCGGUGGCGUGCCGGGCAGCAGCGGCGGCGGCGGCGUGGCGGCGAGCAGCGGCGGGGGCGCGCCUGGCAGCAGCGGCGGCGGCGCGUCGGCUGGGCAGCGGGUGGGCGGCCAGGACGUGGCGCCGCAGCCUCAUGCGUCGUCUCUGCUCCCGGUGGAUACGUUCACGCCGCUGCCGCCCGCUGACCGCGGCAACUACGCCGCAAUGGAGGUGCUUCGCAACCCAGCUCUGCACGUGGGCGGUGGCGGGGGUGGCGGCACGGUGGGUGGCGGCGGCGGUUCGGCCGGCGCCCCGCACGCCAAGGUCACGCUUGCCGCGACAACAGACAAGCUGGCCGACACUGGGAAGGCGAUCGAGGCGGCAGCUGUGCUGUAUGAUGACUACUGCCGCGUCAUCACCCCCGAGAACCUGCUGACCGAGGAGAGCGAGGAGGUGUGCAACAUGCUGCUGGCCUGCAUGGAGAUGAGGAGGAAGUGGCUGUUCGCGCCGGCGGCGUCUCUGGACCAGCGGCGGCACGAGCCCGAGGCGGCGUCGCCCUCGGACAUCGACCCGGAGCCCUUCAAGUGGCGCCCCCUUCCCCGCAGCGCGCACCGCUUUGCCAUGGUCGGGGGCAUCAUCCACGUCCCUGGCACCGCCACCGACUUCUUUACGGACAUGAACUCCAUUCUGCGCUACAGCUCAGUGGGGCCGGUCAAAUCUUUCUGCCACCAGCGCCUGAUGGUGAGGGGCCGUGCCGAUUGCAGCGCCGCCUGCAGCUUGAUGUAG